AUGAACAUAAUUCAGGUUGUUCGUGACCACCAGUUACAUUUACUUGUGCCUGUGGGCUUUGUCCUUGGAUGUUAUCUAGACAAAGAAUGAUGAAAAGCUAACUGCCUCUGGAACAAGAGUGUAUUGUUUAAGAGGGAAUUGAGAUGCAGUGAAGGAGUCACCUGGAAGUAA